AUGACUUUAGGACUCGAGUCCGGCGUGCCAAGACUCUGUGGUACAAUGGUCGAGCCAGUCCCUGGAAAGAAGGCGCCAUUUGAUCGCACGCAUCGUUCCAACUCAUUCGAUGCGGGAGGUGCUGUGUUACAUGCGCUUGCGCGUUCUCCGCAUUACAAUGAGAAUCUGCAUCGUCAAGGUGACAUGGAACCUGUGCCCGGGUUAAACCUCGACGCGGGUUCGGGAGGCUCGAUGUACGAAUUUUUCGUUCACAAGUGGGAGAUUCCUCGCAAGCUGUUCCAUUGUGUGACUGGAUUUGUCGUACUCAAUCUUUACAGGUUGAAUGUGGAUGUGCAUUUGAUCGUUAAAGUACUGUUUUACAUUUUCCUUGUGGUUGCCUCAGCAGACCUGCUUCGUUUGAACUCGCCUUCAUUUGAGCGUUUGUAUGAAACUGUUCUUGGUGUUCUUAUGCGGGAAGGAGAAAAGGAGCGUGUCAAUGGCGUUGUUUGGUACUUGGUUGGCGUCAUGAUGAGCCUGCAUUUUUUCCCGGAGGAUAUUUCUAGCGUUUCGAUCAUCAUUUUGUCUUGGUGUGAUCCUGCAGCAUCUACUUUUGGUCGCCUUCUUGGAAAACAUACUCCGUCACUUCCGAGUCGUAUUUUUGCCCGUCGUAAAUCACUCGCUGGUUUUGUUGCAGCCUGGAUUGUCGGUACUUUUAUUGCAUAUCUAUUUUGGGGCACCGGUAUUGCAAAGCGAAGUGAGCGUGCUUCGGGCGUGUCCUGGAUGCCUGGCGGAUACGCUACUUUUGGCACUCCUCUCAUGCCGAUUCUUUCCGCACAGCCUGGCAUGGUUUUGCACAUGGUUUGGCAGCAUCGGAUCCGGGUUUUUCUGAGAGACUUAGGACUAUGA